UCCCAACCGGAAGGCGCUCUCUUUCCCCUUCGCUAGCUUAACACAGCAGUUGUGAUGUUAGCCUGUUUUCUUGGACACUCCUAGCUUCUUAUCCCACUGCUCCUGGUAAUUGCCUCAAGCCCCCCCUCAGGAAACCAUGGCCGAGCAGGCCUCGGGAUCCCCUCUGUCGUCCCAACAUGACGAGGUGCUCCAGCAGCGAGUGGCGGCUCUGGAGCAGGAGAGGGCCGAGUUCAUCAAACUCAAGCAGCAGCUGGAGGCCGAGUUCAACCAGAAGCGAGCCAAGUUCAAAGAGCUCUACCUGUCGAAGGAAGAGGAGCUGAAGAGGCAGACCAUGGCCCUGGAGGGUGCCCAGUCCGAGCUGAGCUCCAUCCAGACCCAGCUGGCUCAGGCCCGGGCCGAGAUAGAGACCAUCAAAGCCGUGGCCACCGUGUCGGAAAACACCAAGCAGGAGGCCAUCGACCAGGUCCGCAGCCAGUGGCAGGAGGAGGUGGCGUCGCUGCAGGCCAUCAUGAAAGAAACGGUGUGUGAGUAUGAGGUCCAGUUCCACCAGCGCUUAGAGCAGGAGCGAGCCCAGUGGAACCAGUACCGAGAGGCAAUGGAGAGGGAAGUGGGUGACCUGAGACGCCGCCUCACCGAGGGCCAGGAGGAGGAAAACCUGGAGGACGAGAUGAAAAAAGCCCAGGAGGAUGCAGAGAAGCUGCGUUCAGUGGUGAUGCCCAUGGAGCAGGAGAUCGCAGCCCUGAAAGCCAAACUGACCACAGCCGAGGAGCGGGUGAAGGAACUGGAGGCCUCGAAGGUCAAAGAGCUCAACCAUGUUCUUGAGGCGGAGAAGUCGUGUCGUACAGACCUGGAGAUGUACGUGGCCGUGUUGAACACCCAGAAAUCUGUCCUGCAGGAAGAUGCUGAGAAACUACGCAAAGAGCUGCAUGAUGUCUGUCACAAGCUGGAGCUGGAGCGGCAGCAGCACAAUCAGCUGAAGCACACGUGGCAGAGAGCCAACGACCAGUUCCUGGAGUCUCAGCGCCUCCUCAUGAGGGACAUGCAGAGGAUAGAGAGCGUGCUGUCAUCCGAACAGCUCCGCCAGGUGGAGGAGAUGAAGAAGAAGGACCAGGAGGAGGAUGAAAAAGAAAGGCUGAGCCAAGUGAAAGAGCUGCACGAGGACGAUGGGGGAGACAACACCGAGCCUUUGGAGGACUUAUUCCUCGGGCUGAGCGUUGAGGAGCCUCAUGCCAACCACAGCGCCCACGGCUCCAUGCACUCCUUGGACGCUGACGUGGUGGCGGGGGGCCCCACGGACCCCUACAAAGAAAACCUGCGGAGAGUUCAGUCGACAGACAGCCUCGGCUCCUCGCUGUCUGCCCAGCAGGGCCUCGGUGGCCAAAACCACAAGGCCAAGUCGGCCAGCCACUUGGACGAGUCGGACUUUGGGCCCCUGGUGGGGGCCGACUGCGGCGUGACAGACAGUAGUUUUGGUGAAACUUCGUCCAUCAGCUCCAUCAAGCUGACGGCGAGCCACUUCCUGUUGACGAAAGACCAGGAGAAGGCCAUCAAAGCCAUGACGCCCGAGCAGGAGGAGACGGCGUCGCUGCUCUCCAGCAUCUCUCACGCCCCCGACACCGCCUACCUGCCGCCCGCAGGCUACCGACUGGUCAGCGACAGCGAGUGGAACCUGCUGCAGCAAGAGGUGAAAAACGCCGGCAGGAAGCUCGGCCGACGCUGUGACAUGUGCUCCAACUACGAGAAGCAGCUGCAGGCCAUCCAAGGACAAGAGGCCGAGACACGAGAUCAGGUGAAGAAGCUGCAGGUGAUGCUACGUCAGGCCAACGAUCAGCUGGAGAGGACGAUGACUGAGAAGCAGAAUUUGGAAGAUUCGGUCAAAGUGGGCAACGAGGAAACUGCUGCUAAGGUGUCCGCCCUCAUGCAGAGAGUCCAGGAGUCAGAAACGCUGCUCGGCACACUACAACAGGCCUUCAGUGACGCUAAGAGGAACACACAGGAACAGAUGGCGGUGCUGGUGAAGUCAAGGGAGCAGGUGGCAGAUGAACUAAGCCGACUACAGAGGGACAACGAGAGCCUGCAGGGAAAACACAGGCUGCACAUAGAAUUACAGCAACAAGAGGACUUCCAGAUGCCCAAUACUGUGCAAGAGCUACAAGGCCUGGUGUUGCGGUUGCGCGAGGACAUGGUGGCGUUACGGACGUCUGCCGAUCACAUGGAGGAGAAGCUGAAAGCCGAGAUUCUGUUUCUAAAGGAGCAGAUCCAGGCAGAGCAGUGUCUCAAGGAAAACCUGGAGGACACUCUGCAGUUGGAGAUUGAGGGCUGUAAGGAGGAGAUAGCUUCUUUCUCCAGUUUGAAGACAGAGUUGGAGCGAAUAAAAACUGAGAAGGAACAGUUGGAGAGCAGUCUAGCAGAGAAGACUGAGACACUGGAGAGCGUCCAGGGCCUGAAGAUCAGCCUGGAGCAGCAGCUCAAAGAGCUCACCACUGCAAAGAGUGCACUAGAGAGUCAGGUCCUUGAUGAGAGAGACAAAGCUCAGCGGCUGCAGACGGAGCUGGAUGUCAGCGAACAGGUUCAGAAGGACUUUGUCAAACUUUCUCAGACUCUUCAGGUACAGCUGGAGCGAAUACGACAGGCAGACUCCUUGGAUCGAAUCAGAGUAAUCCUCAACGACACCAACUUGACUGACAUCAACCAGCUUCCAGAGACAUGAUACCACUGAAUGAAAACUGCCUUUGAGUUUCAUUCCCCUCUUUUCUCUUAUCACUGGCCCAAUAACAUUAUUGAUCUGACCCUUCCUCCUCCCCAUAACCACCGUGGAAGAGUUUGGAGGGACAAGGAUGGACAUGGCAUGAGGAGCUCAUGGCCUUUUGUGUACAUUAAAAGUCAUGGAACACACCACGGAUAGAAUAAUGAAGAAGAACACUACUAAAAAAAUGUAAAUAACUAAAUGUCUGACUAUGGACGGAGGGAGUGGAAGUCCAUGUUUCUGUGGGUCUGUCUGUGUCUUGUUUCUACUGUAGAUAUGACUGUCUGUAUUAGCUCAACCAAAAAAGGUUUGUCGUCUUCUAAAGCACUUUUCAUCUGCAACUUCUCUUUUCCAGGUAAAUAGAAAGACGAUUGGAUGCAUAACUUUUCUCCUUCUGUUCUCAAAGCGGUUGAUAAUCGCUUCUUUGUUCCACUCACUCGUUCUUUCCAUGUGUUUUUUGUUUUGUUUCCCCCCUCCACCACCAUUUCUGGCUAUUUUUCUGUGGCUUUUUCCACCUAGUUCUGGUCAUUUCUCCCGCUGUGCGACUUAUGAUAAAGACACAAUGAAGGAUGGAAAAUACUUGCACGUAACUUAACUGGGGAUAAAAACGAAAAGGAACAUAACACAAAGCAAGCAAUACCCUCCACUGUAUCUUGCUUGUUGUUUUUUUUUUGUUUUUUUUUGCUCUUGACGUCUGACAGAAGUUUUUUUAUUUUGAAGCUACAGAACUACAGUGAAGAAACGUUAGUCAUUCAAAUGUUCAAAGUCGUGGAUUUUAUUUUUUCACUUCCCACUUGUUUCUUGAUUGUCAAGAAAACACUAGUUAAACCCAGUUGAUGUCAGGUAAAGAAAGAUUAGGAGGUGUCAACAUUAAAGUGUAAAUGGAAAAUAACAGAUUUUAAUACACACUUUGCUCAUUUUAUUGAUUGCCUUUUUGAAUUGACUUUGGAUUGACUUUCUUAAUGAAAUUCCAAAGCUCUUAAAUUACAGUGGGCGGCUUUUAAACUAUAAUGGAAGAGCACACUAUCACAACGCUGGCACAAGGUGUUUCUGGUGGGAAGAACUGGUCUAACUAACAAGCCACCCUGCUACUCCCUAAGAGGUGAAGAGUGGAUCCUUUGCAAAAAAAAUUCUGACUGGGACUAAAGGAAAACUGACUUUUCAUAUAUAUUUGGUGUCAUGAAACAAUUAAUUCGUCACUACUUCUGUUAUCUGUGAAGCUUCUGAUAGAUUUGAAUUAAUUUAUUUAAGUGUCACGGUCAGUGCGUUAGAAGUAAAACCAUGAAUAAUCUGUGUUUCAUUAGUGGUUGUUAAAAAAAAUUAGUAAAAACAGGAACAACUAAAUGACCUGAAUCUAGAAAAGACUGUGCAACUGUGCAUGAAAAGUCACUAACAUGAAAAGUCACUAACAGACAGUUGUACAAGAAUUCACGACUGCUACAUGACUAAACCUGCUGGUAUGCUUCUUCAGAACAGCUUGUCGGAUGGUUGAAUAGAUUAGGAAACCCCCCCACACUCAAAGCGAUCCAACAUUCACACCCACUUCAUGCAGUUGAUUGGCCAGUUGUGUGUGGGUGAGAAAGUCCUAGCUCUAUUUUUAAUCCUACACACAACUUUUCAUGUAAAGCAGCCAUGUGCAACAUUACGAAUGUCUUGCAGAGUCUUGCAAUAUUGCUUUUCCAACCUUUCUAUGAAGGCCUGUUUUCACUUUGUCCUUCAAUGUGGCUGUUUAGAGUGACUUUCUAUUACAACGUGACCCUUUGAACAAAAAGGCCUCACUAUGCUUCAAAACAUCAAGACUGCCCUGAGGAAGUAGCGCUGCUCAGAGGGUGUAGUCUAACCUCCGCUCCGAUCACCAUCCGCUUGGUUGGACAAUUAGUUCUUUUGGAGCAUAGUCCAAUCCUAAGCAUUGACUGAUCAGAGGUUAACAUGCCACAAAGGCCUUGGUAUGCUUCAGACGAACCAAGCUGUAUGAGGUGUAAUCUAACCACAUCUAAAGGAAAAAGUGUGUACGAUUUAGUUUCAGCAUCUCAUUCCCUGUUUAGGUGCAGCUGUUUCAAACACAUUUGUACUCUUGACGUGGCUGGACAACUAGUUCUUUUGGAGCAUAGUCCAGUCCUAAGUGUUGACCAAUCAGAGCUUUAUAUGCCACAAAGGCCUUGAUCAAACGAACCAGGCUGAACAAGAUGUAAUCCGAGAUAUGUCAUGUCUUUUCAAGAACUCUCUCGUGUUUUGGAUAUUUCUGUUGUUUCAGCAAAAAAGAUAAAGAGAAAACUAAUAAAUAGCUUCUUUAAAUCUUCCAAAAUGGGAUAACAGCGCACACUUUGCAAUAGUUUCUCUUUAAAGGCAUUCAUAGUGUUGUACUUAUCCCCAUAUUGUCCCCAUAUUAUAACUAUUAUCAUGUUUCCCCUAUUCAUGAAGACCACUGUCUCAGUUGAGCGCAGCCGCUUGAAACACAUUUGAACUUGGUUGGACAACUAGUUCUUUUGGAGCAUAGUCCAACCUUAAGUGUUGUAAUCAGAGGUUAACAUCCCAUAAAGGCCUCAGUAUGCUUCAGACGAACGUGUAAUCUAACCACGUCUCUCUUUUCUCAAUAUGAUAAAUUGCACAUGUUGCAGAAAAAAGAAGUUCAAAUCUUGCCUACUACCACAGUUUUCACCCCUGUGGUUUCAUCCAGUGGCUGCAUAAAGUGGGCAUGAUUAGUCAUACUUCCUGUUUUUUGGGAGGUUAUAAAAAUCACAAAAACACAACUGACCGAAAGGGAGUUUCAGACUCUGUUAGAUGAUCUGACAAGGGCUUUGUUUGAAGCCUUAACCCAGCUUUGAUUGACAUUUGUGCUGCAUCCUUUUUUGAUAAUCCAUGUUUAAUUUAGACAGUUUGAUUAUGAGUAGGAUCUAAACCACAGCAAGGCAGGAAUACACAGGUGGCUUUCAUUAAGCAGCAACACUUUAGUGGUAUACAAAACCUGUUUUUUUUUUUUCAAAAUGAAUAAAUAAAUGCAAGAAUAUUAAUAGGAAUUCAUAUGGUAUGAGUCUGAGUAUGUGGCUUCAUGUUCUGUGUCAGAUUUUAUUACAUAUUUGAACAGUUUAGGCAAGUUUUUACACAAGAGGUAGUACUUUAUCAGCUGCUGUACGCCCACAUCUGUAAUUUUCAGGCUGCCACUGCAUCCUAGAGUUUUGUCAAAAUGAGUGCAGACAAAGAUGAUAUUGAGUAUUUAUAGAUAAAUUAGAUGUGGAGAAUUAGUCAAAAACAGCAGAACAAUGGCACUAGAGAGAGACUGCACCAACUGUUGUGAAACUUUCUUCUUUGCUUUGAGAAAAUAUACUGAUUUUUUUUUGAGAACCCCCCCGGUUAAUAGUUUAAAUGUUUUCAAACUUCUUAAGUAUGUGAACCAUUUUCCCAGGAAUUGGCAGGCAGGCAGUCACGGUGUGCUUUGAAUAAAAGCUGUGACUCAGUGUUUUGUGGUCAUUUGAAACGGUUCGACACACCGGGCUGCAAAAACAUGGUUUUAUGGAAAAUAUGAGUGAAUUUUCUCCUGUUGCAAAAAAAAAAAAAGAAGAAGAAAAAAGUCCUGAAGUGGAGGGAGGGAUUCUCUUUGCAUUGCAAUUCAAACAAUACAAAAUAUAUAUAAAUAUAUAUAUACUAUACAUGCAUACAGCAGCAUUGUAUGGUUAAGGACGUUGAUCACUGUUGUUUGUUUUCGUUUUUUUGACUUGCAUGUAUUACAUUUCCUUAUGUUGCAUAUGUCUAUACUGUAGAUAUCUUGAGUUGAUAUUUAUGAUAGAUUCAUGCAAUGUGUUAUGAGAUUGUGUGGAUGUGUGUGGGCAAGCCAGCCUGAGUUGCACUGACAGAUAAACUGUAUGUCUUUGGCUUGUAUGACUGUGGGGCUGACGGGUCGUGUUCGGCCACAUACUUAAAAAAGUAGAAAUUUUACCUGUGUGAAUUCUGGACAUUAUUUUCCUCUCGAAGGCCUUAUUGCAUUGCAUUGGCUCGGUGUGUUUUUAAUUUUAAUUUUUUGACACAAUUAAUGUCCCUUUAAUUUAAUGUCAUCUGUUAUUAUUACUACAGUAACAAAUUUUACUUGUGGCCCAUAUGGCAUUAAUUAAUAUGAGGGUUCCUCUCUGGAGAGUCACAGCAGAUGUUCACUAAUUCACUGUGGUCAUGGUUAAGAGUUUUUUUAUUGAAUAAUUUCUGAUCUGACAUCACUGGAUUGUUUGCAAAAUGUGCGGAGAUUCCCUAAAAAUGAUUGGAGUAGUGGUCAGAGUGGAAGUAAAAGUGUGACAGACAUAGAAAAUGGUCUGAAAGCUCACACUGUGUACUACUUACUACUUUGUUUUUUAGUAUAGAUACGAAUUCACAACAAAUAAAGCACAUUCGAAGCCCCUGAAAUUUGUUUGUGCUAUCUAAAUAUUUGUUUUCGAAGAGGACAACCUGUGGAAAAUGUGCUUUUUGUAAUUUUUGUAAUCCCAUGUUUAUGGAAAAAAAAGCUGUUUACUCUUUAUAGUGUCUAUACAUGAAAUUACACAACUUCAAAAGAAAUACUAAACUGUAACAUAACGUCAGUUCCUGCAUCGUAUGCGUUGACAAUAAAUCACAUCAAAAAAGUCUUGUUUCCAAUAAAUUGCAAUAUUAAAACUUCAGCUGAGAGGUGACAAGAAGGAGCAGGACCUAUUAAUGAAUUCAUUUUGUUUUUGCACUUUAUUCUUAAUACAGACUCAGGAGUGCACAGUCUGAGCUUUCAGAGGCAACUUUUAUCGUCCCAUUUCACUGUGAUGAAUCAAAUGUGUUUUACAUUAGAUGUCACUCUAGGAUUAGACUGAUAUUCUCAUUUGCUAACAGUGAGAUUUAGCAAAGAAUUAUAGCAUUUAGAUCUAGUUUGAUGGAAUUUCUACCUUUUAAAAAAAUUCAAAUGAUAAUAAAUCAACUAGAGGAGACCAUAAACCACCUAAAAUAAAGAUAGAAACAUGGGUUCCAUCAACGGUGUAAAAGCUGUUUCACAAGAACCAGAAUAAAAUCUGUAACUUUAGCAUCAACAUAUCAGUCGAAUCCUAGUUCUGUAUGUGUCCCUGCGAAAUCCACCUGUUGCAUUUUAAAAUGUCCAAAAGGUAAAAUUUGAAUUGUAAUUUUUACUCAUACAUGAAAAGAGGCAUGAGCUGCACGCUGAAUGAUGAAUACGAUGAAAUUUAAAGAAUAUUUGCUAUAAAGUUCUGCCCACUGAA